AUGCCUCUCGGUAUAUCUAUCAAAACUCAUCCUCAUUUCCAGCAUUCUUUCUCGUACAACCUCCCCGAAACACUCGAAUCCAUCACGCAGGAAUUCCUCAAAGACUUGAGUCUCAUCCAAGAUAAACCGAUCUUGGUGAAGCUGAUUGGCGGACAUGCCGCUAGCAAACACUUUCACUACUCCUUUCGCGAUACUUCAGGAUUGGAUUUUAUCAUCACAGAACCCGAACUAGUGAAGAAUUUCCUUCUCUCCAAGUGUCCCGAGAAGUAUUAUCGUCACCUCAAGGGCACCCAGACAAUCCUCUUCUACCGAGGAUCAUUUGUAGAUCCUGAUCCAAGAUCAUGGGUCCGAAUUGACUUCAGAUCGUUCUCCCAAAUGCCUCUCGAAUAUCCCGUCACCGCCAACAUGCGUCCAAUCAAAGAGAUAUCCGACACCGCCGCUGACACUAGUAUCUGCGCGAGCAUUCUCGACCUCAUAAUCAUGAAGAUCGAAUGCAUCAUCGACUGGGCGCGCGACAGACAGCUCAAAAUGCAGGAUUUUGAAGAUCUACGGGAGCUUGUAGCACUGAGGAAUCGACAAGAACGAACGGCACUGGACGCCGCCAGCGAAUUCCUACAUGCUCGAUAUAUCCACUGCUAUUUCGAUGACUUUGCGUUUCAAGACAUCUCUGGCGUGCUGAAAUCGUGGAUCGCGAAUAUGAUGGACCCGAAAGGCGACCUCAUCGACCCAGACGAAGGGCACCAGGUCUUCAGCUUGGAGAGUCGUGAUGCACAGAAGGUGAAGUGGGAAGAAAUGUCCCCAGUGUACAAAUGCAAAAUGCGAAUGCUUACUCCCGCUGUUGAUACCGUUCGUCUGGCAGAUUUUUUCAAGUAA